UGAAAUCAAUUAAAUUCUGAAAAUUAUCAAAGAAAAUUAAAAUUAGAAAAUAAAUCCUUCCCAACCCCCAAAGCGGAAAGUCACCGGACCUCCGGCACAUUCGAUAGAGGAAAGAGAGCAUGGAAGGAAGGAGAAUCAGGUUCUCUUCAUGCCAUUGCCGGCACAUCAUUUUUCUAGCUUCCUAGUACCAUUAGACUGAGAUCAUCAACGUUCCUCGACUUGUGCACCCUCUCCUCUAUCUCUGUUAAUCUAAAAUGGGGUUCAGAUUCUUCAGAUUGAAUCCCAUUUCCAACCCAUACCUCUCAAGAAUUUCCUCAAUUACCCACAAAAACUCAAUCUUCACCCAUCAAAACCCAUCAAAAAUUACAUCUUUAACUACCCAAUUGCAACAAUUUAAUGACCCCUCCUAUGUCACAAUAAACCCACCAAAUUUCCAAACUUUCAAACGCUGGCAUUUUGGUCACUCGCAUCAUCAUCAUCAGGGCCCACAUCAAGAUUCUAGCAAGAAGAGUGAGGACAUCUUUAGGCUUGGACUUGCUGCUGAUAUUGGCUUAACUGCCGGAAAAGCUGUCACCGGUUAUUUAUCUGGUAGCACCGCCAUCAUCGCCGAUGCCGCACAUUCUCUCUCCGACGUGGUUCUCAGCAGUGUUGCUUUACUCUCAUUUAAAGCUGCGAGAGUGCCUAGAGACAAAGAACAUCCAUAUGGACAUGGUAAAUUUGAGACUCUAGGAGCACUAGGAAUCUCCGGCAUGCUCAUUGUAACUGCAGGAGGUAUUGCAUGGCAUGCUGCUGAUAUUUUGCUGGCUUGGUUUACAGCAGCCCCUGAAGUUGCUAGUCAUUCCUUGAUGCAUGAGCAUGGUAAUCAUAGUGGGCAAUCUGGGCAUGACCAUAAGAUUGAUAUGCAGCACCCAAUUCUAGCUUUAAAUAUGGUUAUAUUAUCCAUCGCUGUUAAAGAAGGUCUUUUUCGGAUAACAAAGAGAGCUGGGGAAAAAGAAGGCAGUGGGCUCAUGAAAGCAAAUGCAUGGCAUCACAGGGCUGAUGCUAUUUCUUCUUUUGUUGCUCUUAUUGGGGUAGGAGGAUCCAUUGUAGGUGUAAAAAUUCUUGAUCCCCUUGCUGGACUUCUUGUGUCUGGCAUGAUUCUAAAAGCAGGUCUGGAAACUGGUUAUCAGAGUGUUUUGGAGCUGGUGGAUGCUGCGAUUCCACAACAGCAAUUGGACCCUCAUCGAAAAACAAUUCUACAGGUUGAAGGAGUGAAGGGAUGUCACCGGCUAAGGGGGAGAAGGGCUGGCUCGUUUUUGCACCUGGAUGUACACAUAGAGGUUGAUCCUUUCACCAGUGUCAGUGCUGCUCACCAUAUUGGUGAAAAUGUCAGGCACCGAAUUCACGAGUCUCAUCCUGAAGUGGUUGAAGUCUUCAUACACAUAGAUCCUUCUAUUUCUCAAAUUUCACCAGAACUUGAUGUGAAGGAUGACUUGAAUGACUCAGAAGAAAAUUAUGACAUCUCCUUAAAGGACGAAGAGUUUGACAAUAUCAUAUCUGAUAUAUUCUCAUCACACUUCCCAAAGAAAGUGAAGCUAGAGCAUAUAACACCUCACUUGUUGCAAAACAAGAUUAUGCUGGAUGUCGAGGUCUCCAUGCCACCUGACAUCAUGAUCAGAGAUGCAAUGAUGAUGGCAGAAGAAGUGGAAAAGGAAAUUCUCAAAACAGUAUCAGAUGUCAUUCAAGUUCAUGUUCAGUUGCGGCUGUCAUCGGCUAACCAUACAAUUCCCUCGUAAACUGUCCUUGAGACUUGACUCUAACACCAAACUUGCAACAGAUGUAGAUAGCUUUAUAUAAACAUCAAAUGUUUGUUCCGUAGUAAAUUGUCGUGGAGAACAUGAUAGACAAGAAAUCUAAUUGCAGGAAAAUAACACUGACGAUGCCAUCUUAAGAUGGGUAAGGUGGGCAUGGGAUAUAAGGUUGAUGUGUAGAGAAAGAAUGGAAGUCAAAUAUAGUGAUUUUUGUUCUUCAGAUGCAUUGUUUUGGAUGUAUAAAUUCUCAAAUUUUGGAUGUGUGACUGUGGAAGAAGUCUAUGUCAAAAGUAGCUUGUGUCUAAAAUAGACACAAGUGACUAUACUCAUAAAUUUGUAUUUGUACUGACUAGUGUGUACUAAAUACUCAUUAAUUUGAUAUUGGUACUGAUUAGUGAUUGUA